AUGAGUGACAUCUGGAGUGCUGUGCAAUGGUGGGACGAGUGGCAGCUGCGCAUCCUCGUCCUCGGCAGCCUGGGCUUCCAGUGGUUCCUCGUGCUGGUCGUCCCCAUGCGCAACUACACCGUCCAGCGCUGGAUCAGAGCAUGCAUCCGGCUGGCGUCCAUCUGCGCCGACGUCCUGGCGAUCUACGCGCUCGCCACCCUCUUGUAUCGCCAGGCCGCCGGUAGGGCCCAACAAGUGAGGUCCCUGCCGCUGGAGGCCCUGUGGGCACCUCUCCUCGUCGUCCACCUGGGCGGGCGGGAGGAGCUCACCGCCAGUGGCAUGGACGACGACACGGCGCUGUGGGUCCGGCACGCCGCGGUCCUGGUCACGGUCACCGUGUACGCCUUCUUCACGUCGUUGCGCUACUUCAGCGACGGCUUCAAGCUGCUGGCGUCGGCGGCCCUGCUGCUCGUGGCCGCGGUCGUCAGCUCCUGCGGGAAGCCGUGGGUUCUCAGGAGAGCCAGCGUCCGCCGGCUGGUGGCCAAGUCGUCGCUGGCGAAAGGAGGGAGGACGACGAAGCUGGGCGACUGGUACAAGUGCUGGAAAGAGCUCAAGCCCCGCGGCACCGCGCCGAUGCUAUUGCAGGGAGACAAGGUUCAGAUGCUGCUCUCGGGCAUGUCGCUGCACGCCGCUAGAGCUACGCUGGAGACACGGAAGGCGAAGCCAGAUCAGGAGAUCCUUGAGCCUCUGAAGCCCUGGCGGCGUGAGCAGCAUGAAGCCCUGGAGCCCCCAAAAGUUGGGAUGAUCAUGAAGCCCUGGCUGCGCCAAGCGUUCGGGCUCAUCUACACGAGGGCGACCGCGAUGUACCUGGCCUGCCACGCGAUGCUGGUGCCGUCUCUGUACGUGGCCGCCACCGUGCUCUUCUUCUUCGCGGUGAGCUACAAGAAGCAUGGGUACAGCAGGUACAGCAGAGCCGACGUCAACACGACGUACGCUCUGCUGUGCUUCACCGCGGCGCUGGAUGUCUUGGGGAUGUUCGUCAGUGAGGUGAUGUACUCGCUGCUGUCGUCGUCGUCCGGAGCCAAACUGCUUGGAGCGUCGUCGUGCGAGAACCUGCCGGGGCAUAACCUCAUGGACUCGGUUCUCUGGACGAUCAGGUGGCCAAUGGUGUCCAUGCUGCUGCUCAGGUGUUACAAGGGGGGUUAUUUCGUCAAGGACGAAGAUCGCCUGUACGUCCGUGUCCUGGACUCCAUCACAAACAAGCUCGAAGACAAAGACAAAGGCAAGAUUUUCGACCUCGACCUUUCCAGUUACAGAAGCUUGAGCAAGCGCAACUGGAUUCUCAGGGACAAGGAGCUGAAAGCAGUUAGCAGCAUCAAAACCAACAACAUCCGGGACAGCCUGCGUAAAAAGCCGUUCGACGCGAGCGUCAUCAUCUGGCACAUCGCCACCGACCUCUGCUUCCGCGUCAAGUCUCCCGAGUACUUCCGCUUCAGGCCCCCACCUAAUGAAGAGGUGGUUCGAGAAGUGUGCACGGAGGCGAUAUCCAAUUACAUGGCGUACCUCCUCGACUCUUGGCCCGAGAUGCUGAUGGCCGGCAGCAGGCAGCAUCUCUUCACCGAAGCCAUGGCAAACAUGGAGCGCGUCGUCGGAGAAGCCACCAAGGAUUUGAGGCCCAAGCUCGGAGAGAAGCAGCCGUUGGAUGAUGUGAUCCUACGCAAGAUCAAGAAAGAAGCAGCCAGCCUCAAAGAAAAAGAGGCGUACACCGUCAUCGACGACGCUUGCAAGCUCGCAGACGAGCUUCUACUGGGCAUCCAGGACCACGAGACCCGGUGGGAGCUCAUGCACCGCGUGUGGGUGGGCAUGCUCUGCUACUCCGCCAGCAUGUGCUGGGGCGACCUGCACGCCAAGAGCUUGGGAGAAGGCGGGGAGUUCAUCUCCAAUGUCUGGCUCCUCAUCUCACUGAUUGGGUGUAGGACCUUAGAGGACAAACUCCAGAUGCCUGAUGACGAGCCAGAAGCAGAACCAGAAGCAGCAGGUUCAAGUGCUCCUAACUCUUAUUUCAGACAAUGGCCUUGGGCAUUUUUGUAG